UGUCGACGUUUAGAUUUGCAGUGAAAAUAGCAAAUUUUCAGGCCCCUGCUGUUCAAAAAAUGUAUUGCGAUUCAGUUCACACCUCAACCGAUUUGAAUUGUCACUCACUAUAACCGAUUUUCAACCGGCUCAUGGUGAAUCGUUACAUCCCUAACGGUUAAGGACAAGUUAGGUUUGCAAACUGGAUUGAAUUAUAAUACCAAUUGAUGGUUUAUGUAAGCAAACCAUAUGAAAGCUUCAGUGAAUUAUCUACUUAAAAUAAUUAAUCUCUGAACUCAUUAUUUUGUUUGAAUAUUUUUUAAAGGGUGCAGAUGUUUUGGAAAGAGAGAUUUUGACUCCCACUUGACUCCCAUUCAAACAGAACAACCUCCCACCACCAUAAUCACAUAUUUUUGCUAAGCCUAAAAGAAAUAGUUCACCCAAAAAUAAAAACUCAUCAUUUAGAGUCAUCAUUUAUUCACCCUCAUGGUGUUCAAAACAUGUAGAUGACUUCCUUCUGUGGAGCACAAAAGAAUAUAUUUAGAGAAAUGUCUCAGUGGUUGUGUGUCCAUACAAUAGGAUUCAAUCAGGGCCAGUGUUGUUUGGUUACCAGCGUUUAAAAUGUCUUUUUUUGUGUUCUGCAGAAGAAAGUCAUACAUGUAUGGAAUUAGAUUGAGUUCAUGAUGAAAUAAUUUUUAUUUGGGGGUGAACUAUCUCUUUAAGGCUUUUCUCUCACCUGCCUUCGAUAAACCCUUUGAUAUGUCAACUUACUGUUUUCUGUUGCAGUAGAAAUAGCUUUAUUAAUUAUUACAAAUUAAUUUAAGUAAUUUCAGGUGGUCUUUAAUCUUGUGGUCUUUGUUUCAUGUUAAGAAUCUAAGCAAACCAUACUUCUUAGUGAUAUCCCCCUACCAGUGUACAUUGUAACUAAUACAUUGCUACACUUUUGUAUAGUUUUUUCAAUGAAUAAACACACCAGUCAGUGACCCUACUGCCAGUAGCUCUUUACCCUUGCUCCUAAAGAUGAUGAAGAUGGGACCCUAAUGGUUGUCAUGGAAACUGGGGAUCAUUAGUGCCAGCUGUGGUUUGUUGUUGGGUCUUAAGAAUCUUCUCACGUUCUUUAAUUUAGUUGGACUUGGUGUUAAAUUACACAUAUUAAAUGCUUUACCCUCGGUUGAGUUUAUAUGACACAUGCAACGCUCCAUCAAAUCGCCAGCUUCCUUGAAUCCAUCCACGGUUGGGGGACAGACAAAACAGGUUUGUGCGUACGGCCCUGGAGGAAAACUGAAACUCAUAUUCGAGCUGACAUCUGUAGGAGGGUUUCUAAAUAGAGUCACCGCAGGGUCAGUACUGCGUGACCAUGACAGAGGGGAGACGUCUUCACUUUCGGAAGUGAAGCCCUUUCCUAGGACUGUAGAUUCGGAGAGACCCGUUCCUGAGCUGUGGAGGGAUAGAGCUGCUCUUAGGAAGACCAUAUCUGUUGAUGACCGUCUUCUGCAGCAGACGCCUAGAGAACAUCACAGACUCCUCAGCCGACUGGAGAGAGGCAAGAAGAAACUCAGGAACAUCCAUAGUGUUGGAGCCUCUGGCAGAUACGAAACCCAUAAAAGAUCUGACAGCAAGAUCUCCCGACUGGCUCAGAGACUCAACCAGAGGCAAAGCGAUGCUGCAUUGAUUAAGGAUUUCCGACCUCUCUUCCUCCUCGCGUCAGGCAGCUCCCAGAGCCUGGACAGGAACUUCUCCAUUAGUAUGACGCAACAGAUGCAGAACCUGCAGCUAACCCAGAGCAAGAAGGGGGCGGGGCCAGCCUCCCCCAGCGCUGCAAAGCGUCUCUACCGCAACCUCUCGGAGAAGUUCAAAGGAAGCCACUCCUCAUUCGAGGAUGCAUACUUUUUUGGACGGUCGGACCGGAUCCGUAAAGUAUCUAACAUCCAGAGCAGCGAGCUCCUGUUCGAGGCGGUUGAGCAGCAGGAUCUGGAUGGCGUGCAGAUCCUGCUGUUUCAGUACACGCCUGAUGAACUGGACCUCAACACCCCCAACAGCGAAGGCCUGAUGCCGCUGGAUAUCGCCAUCAUGACCAACAACGUCCCCAUAGCCAAGCUGCUACUCAAAGCCGGAGGGAAGGAGAGCCCACACUUUGUCAGUCUCGAGAGCAGAGACGCCCAUCUCUCAGCGCUGGUGCAGGAAGCCCAGAGGAGAGCCAGCGAGCUGUCCACCCAGGUGAUGAGAGAGAGCCUCAGCCUGGAAACAUCUGACAAGGAAAAACAGCUUAAAGACUGGGAGUGGAGAUGCAAGCUGUACAAGCGCAUGCGCACCGGGUUCGAACAUGCACGGCCACCGGAGGCUCCGUCAGCUGUGCGUCUGAGUGUGACGGGCAGCAUGUCGCUCACUGUUACCUUUCAGGAACCUGCCAGCAUGAACUCAGCUGUGGUGACCAAAUACAAAGUGGAAUGGAGCUGUCUAAAGGACUUCUCUUUAUUAGCCGGAGAGCUGAUCUUGGAGAAUCUGCAGUCCCAGAAGUGCACAAUAACGGGUCUCACCACGGGUAGACAGUACUACGUUCAAGUGUCCGCCUACAAUAUGAAGGGUUGGGGUCCAGCACAGCUGUCUCAGCCUCCCUCCGCAGUUCCCUCCAACUGGAAGGAUUGCGAUGGGAGAGAGAGCCGGAGAAGAGGUCACAUCGAGGCCAUGGAGAGGCUUUUACAUCAGGUUCGAGCCACACACCAGCACUACUGCUGUGGAGACACAUCCAAGCUGCAGAAUCCAAGUCGUAAACAAUCAGUGUCCCGAAGCCUGAAACAUCUUUUUCACUCUUCUAAUAAAUUUGUCAAGAGUCUUAAAAGGGGAGUUUAUAUAGCGUCAGUGUUUUACCAUAAGGACAAUCUGCUAGUGACUAAUGAGGAUCAAAUCCCCAUCGUGGAGGUGGACGAUUCAUACAGCAGCUCCCUCAUGCAAGACUUUCUGUGGUUUACCAAGCUGUCCUGUAUGUGGGAGGACGUCCGGUGGCUAAGACAGAGCUUGGCAGUCUCCACCUCUUCCUCUUCCACACUGCAGUCCAGACAGAAGAUGCUGGCGGCCGCUGGCCAGCUGCAGAACCUGCUUGGCACCCACAACUUGGGCAGAGUCCACUAUGAGCCCAUUAAAGAUCGCCAUGGCAACGUGCUGCUCGUGACUGUAAGGGAGAUGGACAGCCUCUAUUCGUUUUUUAAUGGGAAGUGGAUGCAAGUAUCCAAACUGCAGAGUCAGAGAAAGUCUCUUUCCACCCCUGAGGAACCCUAUGCCCUGGACAUACUCAUCAUCACCAUACAGGACAUUCUGGCCUAUCAGAGACGCAGUCAGCACCGGCUGUCGUCUGGUCUUUAUCUGGGCUACCUGAAGCUCAGCAGCUCUGUGGAUCAGAUCAAGGUUUUGGUUCCUCAACGAAUGCCCAACAUGCUCUGCCACACCAAGAUACGAGACAACUGGAAUGUGUCAAGGGAUGAGUGGGAAUGGCUGCAGUCUCUGUCUGGCCCUGUGGAGGUGGAAGGCACAGAGCAGACUACAGACUGCCUCCUUUACUCUGAGCUCCAGAUGGCUAUUAGGAGUCUGCUGCACCAGAUCAAUCUACCUCUCCACCAGGCCAAGCACUUCCGUCUCUACACACACGAGGUGCUGGAGCUGGGUCACAAUGUGUCCUUUCUUCUGCUGCUGCCCGCCUCAGACGACGUUUGCUCUGCCCCGGGACAGACCAACCCCUACACACCACACUCGGGGUUCCUCAACCUCCCUCUUCAAAUGUUUGAGCUCGUUCACUUUUGUUCAUACAAGGAAAAAUUCAUCAGCCUGUACUGUCGGCUGUCCUCUGUGCUGGACCUGGAUGCUCUGAUUACCCAGCAGGCCUUUAGAGAAGCCAUCACAGACUCAGAGGUGUCCACAGCCAAACAGAGGCACCAGCACAUAUUGGACUACAUUCAGCAAUUGGACGAGAUGUGGCGCGACGUCCGGUGGAUCACCAAUGCCCUACAGUGCGCCCGCUAUAAACAGUCUCUCGGUUGGGUGCCUAUCACCUGGCUGGUGGAUGUCAGCGUGGAGCCACUUGUCCAGAAGAACGACUCCACAUCCUCUAACACAGACUACGUUCCCACCCCCUCCCCGUCUCCAGAGAUGAGAAGAAAGGGCACGAUUGAAUCCCAGCCAGGCUCUGAUGAGGAGGGCUGCUCGGAGGUCUUUCUCCCCACGGACAGCGACUAUGACUCCAGUGACGCCUUGAGCCCCCGUGAACUGGACCUGGUGUAUUCCUCAGCCCAGGAUCUCUCUCAUCAAUCUGCACAUGUUCUCAGCGGCAGCGCUCCAGAUGUGCUUCAGAUGCAUGAUCUCAAAUACAGCGCGUGCUCCGAGUCCAUCCUGGAGACCGAUUCCUGCGCCAAGGACAUGGAGGACCUGUCGCUGUCCUCGUAUUCCGUAAAGUCCGGGGACAAACCGUCUCGCUGCAAGUUCCUGGCCGACCCCCCGAUGAAACGCAAGCUGCUCUCCAAAAGCCACCCUCAGAGGAGUUACUUCAGCGGGCCGCAUCGCUGGCUACGCGUGCAAAGCGAGAGCCGCACUCCAUCGCUCUCUGAAGGCAUCUACACCAGACAGAGCGAUAUGGAGCUACCGCUGGAAUCGCCCCUGCCGCACUCUCCCACUACCUCCUACAGUUUGGACGAGUACAGGGCGACGUACAGGGAGAGCAAACCCAACAUCCGCAGGAUCUUCGUGGAGUCGUGCAGCGAGACUUCGCCCAGCAGAGACUGGGAGGAGAAGGUGACGACAGGGGCUACCGCAGGAGAGCCUGGAGCGGGAUAUGGCACCGGCGCGGAAGCUCAGGACUUGGACUCGGACGAGCUUACGAACGAACAAGUGUCAGAGAUCCUCAGCAGCGCUCUUUAGAAGGGUUUGAUGCGCGUUCAUCUCACCACCUGUAUUGCCUCCAAAACUACCCCUCGCCUCCAGAACUAUACUGUACAACACAAUACAACUCACAGUUGUAGCGAGGGAACCCUUAGCCUAAUCAAUUCUUGCGUCCUCUCUGUAGAGCAUUCAGGAGGAUGUGAAGUUGCAGGUCAACUUUGUGGGACUCAUAAACCAUGGCUCUGACUGUUAAAAUGCUGAUUAUUAAUGCAACCUGAAUUAAAGCACUGCUUUUCCUCAGAACUUGAAAUCUCCUAAGACUGUAGAGCGCAGUAGUGACCGCCCGCUUGGUUUUGGAAGUGUCGUUUCUUCGUUCAUUUUCACCAUAGUGAUUUCUAAAAAGAAGCUUUGAACCAGAUCUGUCAGCCCAGAUAUGCAUAACAAUUCCGAAUUGAAUUUGAAGCCAAAAAGCAGAAUGAUUUUAUUCAUGGUUUAAUUUUAAACCAUUUGCUUAAAGGGGUCAUAUGAUAGGGCUAAAACUAAUAUUAUCGUUUGUUUUAGAUGUAAUGCAAUGUGUAUACACGAUUUAAGGUUAAAAAACGCUGUAUUUUCCACAUACCGUGCAUGUUUGUAUCUCCUCUUUGCCCCGCCUCUCUGAAACGCGGGGAUUUUUUACAAAGCUCAUCGCUCUGACAAGCGAGGUGUGCUAUGAUUGGCCAGUUAACCAGUGCGUAGUGAUUGGUCGAAUACUGCAAGUUUGAGAUGGAAAUGUAACGCCUCUUACCAUAUUUGGAACAUCAGGUUCCAAAGCAAUUGUACUGACAGGUACGCCCAUCUUACUUGCGUAUACAUUUGGGCGGUCUUAGUGGGUGUGGUUACACGAGGCAUUUAAGGCAGGUCUAGGUGAGCAUUCGCCUUUAGAUAGAAUGCAUCUUUUGUUCACACACUUUAUUUUUUGCAAUUUUACGUGUCUAAUACAUGCAUGGGCAACACACCAAAGACACAGAAAAACACGUAUUAGCGCCAUAUGACCCCUUUAAUAUAUAUAGAUAAUACUGUAGGCUACAUAGUAUAGAUUUUUUAAUGAUGUUGAAAAUCAAUCGAUUAUUUUAUGGGUUAAAAAACUAAAAUCUGUUAUUGAGCAAGAACAUAGACAAUGGCAAUGUCAGAUGUGUUUCAACACGAAAUUGAGUACCUAAAGAAACUUGCAAUUUUAUAUUUCAAACAGAGGUGGCGAUAGAGAAUUAAAAGUUAUGGAUUGCGGUUGCAUUGCUAAAUAUUGUCACAAAAGGUAAAUUUCGCUAUGCAGAAAAUAUUAUGGUAUUUUACUUCCAGAACUAUGCGGUUGUGCUCUAUUCUGGUGUUUUUAGGUGAAGGGUGGAGUUAGAUAACUUAGCAGUUGAAUUUCAGUUUGCAGUUGUAUGACAGGUGUAUGAUUUAGUUUUACUCACUUUAAAUGGUAUACUUUAUUAUUGAAGUAUAAACGCAACCCCGUCACAUUGCAUGUUUUUAUUGGAGUGUUUAUCAGUGUUCAGAAACGACAGGUGUGCGAAAGACUGCAGUAAGUUUUACGCUUGUCUUUACUUCCACAAAUGAGAGCCCUUCAAAAGUUAGUUUCAGGGAAAGAGGGUGUGACAAUUGUUUCCAAACUCUACAGCAUACAACACAAUAACUGCUCUAUCCGAAAUCGUUUUAUUGAAUUGUGCAUUGUUUACCUUUUGAUGGCGGUUUGUGGUGUGCGAUUGUUCACGUUUGAAGAUUAAUUGUAAUGAAUUUGUUUCUGUUCUUAUUUAUGAUGGGUAACCCACUUAUAUAAUGGAAUUGAAAACCACUUGUUUUACAGGUUGGUGUGGGGACUGAAUUUUUAAUUUGGAUGUUCAUCCCACACCUUUUACUAGAAUGACAACCCGGUAUCAUGAAUUGCGUAUAAAUAACACGCUGUUGCAUUAUCGUGAAAUACGUACGCCAAAAUUCGAUUUUGCGUGCAUAUGAUACGCCAAUGUUUGCCUGCACCUCGCUGGAGAGCAGCCAUUUUGAAACGUACAUGAAGAGGAAACACUGAAUUAAUUAAAAUAAUACUGUUAGGUUUAGAGUAGAGGUUAUAAUAUGCACGCACGCUAACAUUAGGUUUAGGGUUUGGGUUAGGGGACAGGUUAAUAAGACAAAUUUCCGGUUAAUAUGCACGCGCCCUAAAUUGGCGUAUCAUAUGCACGCAAAAAUAGGCGUAUUUAUGCACGCAAAAUCGAACUUUGGCGUUCGUAUUUCACGUGCAACGCGCGUGUUUGUUAUUUGUACGCAAUUCAUGAGACUGGGCUCAGAAUGAGGUAGUUUAAUUGCUGGAUUGUUUGAAUUGGACCACUUUUGACCUUUUAAAAGAAAAUUUUAUUUGCUUUUAUUUCCUUAUUUGCUUUUUUUGCAAAUUUGUGCCACUUUAUAAAAAAAAAACAUAAGAAGGGUAUUUGGAUGAUUUGAAAGUAGAUUAUUCAUUUUACGUUAAAUUUACAUUCAUUCUAAGUAAAGCCAUAUAUAUUUUGUCACACAAUUCAUUUAAACUAUAUUACAGUCAUUUUGCAAUUAUUUCUUCUCCCGAAAACAAAUCAGUGUGAAUGUAUUUAUUCACAGUAAUCCAUAUGCCCUAAAAGAUUAUUAAGCAAAACCUUAUUUUUUCGAAUGAAAAGGGCAGCUUACGCAAGCAACAUUGUGAAGUGUCUGUUGCUGUUUCAACAAUUUGUUGUUUGUAGUGCGGGCUUUUUCUUUGUAAACCAAUAUUUGCACAAAAUGUUCAUAGAUUUCCAAAAAUAUGCCGCAUCUGAACGUUUUCCACGGAAGGACUGUAUAAAUUUCAUCUUCCAUGUUAAAUGUACAGUGACGUCAGCUGGUGCUCAAAAUCCUGUGGGUAAAAUGCACUGCACCGCGUUUGGGCCCAGUUCUUUAUGCAUUUAACACAACCCCGGUGAUGAAGCAUUAUACCACACCUUAUGUAUUCCAGAUAAACGAUUAAACUUUUUGCAACUGGCAUUGAGGGUAUUGUUAAAUUAUGAGUAUAUUUGUCUUGAUACCUUUAUACUGUGCACAUUGCAAGCCAAAACAAUUGAGAAGCAUCAUAUCUGUAUAUUUUUGCAUUAUGCAUUUAUUGAUCGAAAUAAUAUAUUUCAGUAUUGUAUUUUUGAUGGUUAGUCCCAUGUCAUAUAAGUUUUGUUGUUUUGUAACUUGUUUGCUUUUUGUGAUGCCAUUUGAAUAUGACGCUGUGACAGAUGUGUUUUGAGUCAUAAAAGAAUAAAAACUCUGUAA